GUGCUCGCGUCACGCUGCUCUGUGCAAAACCAGUCCACUUCUCGUCAACAAGCUGUACACAUUGACAUACACAUUCUCAAAAUCAUGGCAUCCACGUUCACUCUCAACACUGGCGCAAAGAUUCCAGCAGUAGGCCUGGGAACAUGGCAAUCUGACCCGGGACAGGUCAAGGCCGCUGUUGCACAUGCCCUCAAGUCGGGCUACCGCCACAUUGACGCAGCUUUCGUGUAUGGAAACGAGAACGAAGUGGGAGAGGGGCUGAAAGAGGCUUUCGACUCCGGGAUCAAGAGAGAGGAUGUCUUCGUCACAUCAAAGCUGUGGUGUACAUACCACCGAAAGCCUGAGGAGUGCCUUGACGAAGGUCUCAAGCGCCUCGGUCUCGAUUACCUGGAUCUCUACCUGGUCCACUGGCCAGUACCUAUGAAUGCAAACGGCAACCACCCCUUGUUCCCCAAGCUUGAAGAUGGCUCUCGCGACCUCGAUCGAGAAUGGUCACACGUUUCCACGUGGAAGAGCAUGGAGAAGCUGCUGAAGACUGGCAAAGUCAAGGCCAUCGGUGUUUCGAAUUACUCGGUGCCAUUCCUAGAGGAGCUCCUUAAAGAGGCCGAAGUCGUGCCUGCGGCGAACCAGAUCGAAAACCACCCAUACCUCCCACAAUCAGAGAUCAGCGAAUUCUGUAAAGAGAAGGGCAUCCUGGUCGAGGCCUACUCGCCAUUGGGUAGCACAGGCAGCCCGCUCUUCAAGGAGGAGGGCGUGCAAGAGCUUGCGAAGAAGCACAACGUCGGAGCAGGAACGAUCUUGAUCUCUUAUCAGGUCAGCAGAGGUCAUGUGGUGCUGCCCAAGUCCGUGACGCCACAGCGGAUAGAGGAGAACCUGAAGACUGUGCAACUGAGCUCUGAAGACGUUGCAUCGCUCGAGGAAAUCCACAAGAAGAAGGGACUCACAAGAUUCGUGUAUCCAGAGUUUGGUGUCAACCUCGGAUUCCCAGACAAGCAAUAAGUUGUCGGAUAGGUGCGUGUUAGAGAUUCAUCAUAGAUCGCCGAGCAUCUUUGCAGAGUAGUCACUCGUGCAGGAGAUAGAGUCGCUCAGCAAAUCGUUUCCAACC